AUGAAGAAAUUUCCAGGGCCAGCCAACAUGAACUCAGUCUCCUACCUAGUUCUUGUGUCUCUUCUUGCGGUCGCCAUCAGGUUAGUUAAAAAAAUGAACUCAGAUCAAGAUUCUUUCUAUUUUUCGCCUUCUCGCGCUUUGAAAAAAAUGUUGGAGAGAAGUUUUUUUUUGCUGGAAUACCCAAAUAGAUAACGAAGGGAAGAAACGAUCUGUAUAAAAUGUGGAGAGGUCAUUCAAAACCAGUUCUCGGGUUUUCCCUGCCAAAAGAUGCAUGUCUGAGAAGACCAAGGUUUUUUAUUUGAAAAAAUCAUUUUGCAAGGUUACAGAUAGGUUUUCUCAACUUCGGAGAUAAAAUAGUAGAAGAAUAUACGGGUUUUCUCAAUUUGCUCUCAAAUAACUGAAAAUGUUCAGCUCAUCAGUUUUCCUAUGCAUUAACUCAAAAUUUCCGAGCAUCUGAGCUCAAUUCGAUUUUUUUUUCCUUUUUUAAAAGAUCGAGUGAUGCUGUAUUCGAGACCCUAAAGAUGUUUUUUUACAAAAAAAUAUUCCAUUAGAAUCUUAGAAGAUUUUUUUCAGUAUGUGAAGCAUUUUUCAUCUGCAAAAUUUUCAGUGAAUUUUUUUGAUAAAUCGAAUAAAAAAAUUUUUUUGGAAAGUCUCAGCUUUCCCAAAUCGCUAUUGUUCAAUCACGUUGCUAACAAAAAAUGUCAUUCUUUUUUUUUGGAGUUGGGAUUUCUCUACAAAUUGACUAGAAAAUUUCUGGAUGGACAUGAUAAUUCUGGAAGCCCAAGCGCAACUUUCUAGUUUUUGAAAGGCGAAACGUCGAAAUCAAAAAAAAAUCUUCAAAAUGCGUUAAAAUAAGCUUUUUUGGGGUUCUGAGCCCUUAUUUUUAAAAAACUAAGAAGUUGUGCAGGUUGAGACCUUCACGAUUCACUCAAAAGAAAAGUGAAACGUUUGACCGAACUUCGGAGAUUCCGCAACCACAAAUUAAAAUGAGCUUUCUUGUAAAAAAAAAAUACUAAGAAAAAACGUGAUCUUGCAUCAGGAAAAUUUUUGCAUAGUGAGGUAAUAUUUGAACUGUGCGAGAAUUGACCGUUUUUUUCAAUUGCACACAAUUAAACUUGAGAAAGAAACUUUAUAAACUGGGAAAAUGUUUAGUGGCCACUAUAGAGGUUCGCCAAGGACUGCUUGGAGAGGACACAAAAGUGGCUACUAAACCCCCCGCUAUAGUGGCCCCUAUUUUCCGUUUCAGUGGCCACUCCAGUAUUUUUUCAUCCAGUAUUCAUUCCAGUAAUUCUGAUAAUUUUGAAACAAAGAUUGAACCAGUUAUGUUGAUCCAUUGACCCCUAAAGUGGUCAUCAAAAUUUUUAGUUGUCUAGUAUCUCUUAGACCUCUAUAGUGUCCACUAAUUUUUAAUCCCUUAAGUGGCCCUGAAUGUGGCUACUAUAGUGACCACUAAAACGUUAAAACCUUAUAGGGGCCACUAAAAAUUUUCCCAGAAUGAUGGGAGAAUCUUACAGUCAGUAACUUCCUUCAUGUCAAUAGACCUACUCCUGAGAGCUUAUCAAAUAUUUUUCAAAAUGAAAAUUGGCAUUUUUUCAAUAAAAAAAUUUUCUUUCAAACUAAAUUCAAGUCGAGAAGAAUAAAUGUUUUCAGUGCCGAAACCACCUGUUUCCAGUGUACUUCAAACGAUAAUCCGUCUUGCACUGUAAACGAUGUUGGAAGCCUGGCGCCGUUCAAGCAGGCAAGGACUUUGAGCAUCACUUUUUUUCUGCUAAGAAAAAAACAUUAGAAAAUGUAUUUCACCGAUGACCAAAAAAGUCAAAAAAAAAAUCAGGGAAAAAUUUCUCAGUGAAAAAGUUCUGCAAACUAUGUGAACGUUUUCAGGUUUGCCCUCUUCUUGGAGAAGGGCCGAUGAAAGGUGCCGCAGCUAUCGGAUGCAGAAAAACUAUCCAGGCAAGUUUAAGUCACGGAUUUUUCUCUGUUCUUGAAAAAACGCUCAUUUUUUUUUUUUGAAGAAGUUCUACCUAUGUCAUAGGUUUUAUAGCGGCUGUCAAAUAAUGAAUUAUUUCACUGAAACUUCGUGACUCACAAAGGAGAUCAACAAUCCAAAGCAUUUUAUAAAUUUAAAUGUUGCUCACUAAAAAAAAUCUUGCAAGUCACAAUCCACACAUCUUCUUGUAAACUUCGGAGGUUUGGGGUACUCCGCUUAUUAACGCAGGCAUUUUUAUUUAGUUCUCGAAACCUUUUGGUGCUGAAACUUGCAAAUUUUCAUUAAAAAUGCUUUUUUUAACUGAGCGUUUACCAACUUCAGAAAACCACAAAGCUAUUUAAAGUGAAAAGAAACGAUUUAGAAAAUAAAAAAAUUCCAGAACGUCGAAGAAGAUGAAGUCGUCGUCCGCGAAUGCGCCUACUCUGGCGAAAACGUCGACGGUUUGAAGAAAUCGGGCAAUCACGCCAUCAAGCUCUUCCAUUAUCAGUGCACAAACGCCAAAGUCAGUUUUUUUUGUAUAAUCCAGAUAUUGGUGAAAUGAGGGUCCUAACUUUUUUCUAUUUUGUUUUACAGUGAAGGUUUAUUGAAAUGAGUUCAGGAAGAUACUCCAUGCAACUUCGGCACCACUACUUUUGCGACCAUGUCAUCGCUCAUCGCUAUUUUCAUUGCUCUGAUGAGACAGUGA